UUAGGAUACAGCAGAGUGAGUGAGGAGGAGAGAGAGUGCGGGAUGCUGACAGACUCCUGAUAGAUGGUUAAAAUGGCGAAAGCUGGUUCGACCCCAGAGAGCCACCAAACUGUAGCACUGUAGGUCGGAACAUGUAGUAGCUGAAGAAGCUGGAUAUCUCUCUGUGUGUUUCCUCUCUCUGUUGUUUUUUUUUUUUUUCAUUUUUUCUAAAGCGCUGUCUCUUCUUCACCUCACGUUGUUCUCUAUCAAAGCAAGUGCUGGACGUGUUUUCGGUGUUUUUAAAUGGCAUCCACAAGGCGCCGCCGCCUUGUUCCGUGCUUUUUGGGAAUACUCGUAAAUGCUUUAAUCGGUGUGAUGUGUGAAGCUGAGCUCUCCUUCACCCUGGAGCCCAACGACAUCAUCGCUGUGCAGGAACAGCCCCUCAUGCUCCACUGCCAGGUGGUUGGCAUCCCCCCAAUUACAACACAGUGGAGGUACAAUGGCCUCCUCUUAACUCAGGACCAGCAUCACACCACCUUCAUCAACGGCUCGCUCCUGAUUGCUCACUUCCAGAAGACCAAAUCCGACGGCUCAUCUGACGAGGGUGACUAUGAGUGCAUGGCCCAGAAUUCCUUUGGGCUGGUGGUGAGCCGCAAGGCCCGCAUUCAGGCAGCCACCAUGGCAGACUUCCACGUCCAGCCAGAGUCGGUCCACGCUGAGGAGUCUGGUGUGGCCAGAUUCCAGUGCCAGAUCCACGGUCUGCCAGAGCCCGUCAUCAGCUGGGAAAAAGACAGCCGUCCGGUGGACACCAAGGACGAGAGGUACACUCUGCUGCCUACAGGUGUUCUGCAGAUCACAGGCGUGCGUGAGGAGGACAGUGGAAAGUUCUGCUGUGUGGCCCAUAACAGUGCAGGAGUGAAAUACAGUGCUGAGGCGCUCCUGACUGUUUCAGGCUCUCAGUCAUCUGUUUACAAAGAACCCAUGAUCCUGGUCGGUCCAGAAAACCUCACCCUCACUGUUCACCAAACUGCCAUCCUGGAGUGUGUUGCUACUGGAUACCCUCGGCCCAUCGUGUCCUGGAGCAGGCUAGAUGGCCGUCCCAUCGGGGUGGAGGGAAUUCAGGUACUCGGCACGGGGAACCUGAUGAUCUCAGAUGUUGGUGUGCAGCACUCGGGGGUCUAUGUGUGUGCCGCUAACAAACCAGGGACCCGUGUCCGCAGGACUGCUCAAGGACGCCUGGUAGUCCAAGCCCCGGCGGAGUUUGUUCAACCUCCGCAGUCCAUCGCCCGGCCUGUCGGCACCACGGCCAUCUUCACCUGCCAGGCGCAGGGCGAACCUGAGCCGCAGCUCACCUGGCUGAAGAACGGCCAGAUUCUGGAGCCUGGGGGGCACGUCAAACUCAGGAACAACAACAGCACACUGACGAUAUACGGCAUCAGCCAGGACGACGAGGCCAUCUACCAGUGUAUCGCUGAGAACAGCGCCGGCUCCACUCAGGCCAGUGCCCGACUCACCGUGCUCUGGGCCGAUGGACUUCCUGGUGUUCCCACCCACGUUCAGGCUGACGCCCUCUCACCCACCACCAUCCAGGUGUCCUGGAAGGAGCCCGAUCAGAAUACUCAGGACAUCAUCGGCUACGUGCUCCACAUCCGCAGGACCUCAGACCCAGUGGAGAUGGAGUAUGAGGAGGCCGUCAGUAAGGUGACGCUGCAGCAGAUCAUCCGGGACCUGGAGCCCUCCACCAGCUACAACUUCUACGUCAAGGCCUACACAUCCCACGGGGCCAGCAAACCAUCGGACAGUGUCACUGAGAGCACUCAUGGGGAGGUUCCAGCUCCUCCUUCCCUCUACACAAAGGUGGUAAACAGCAGUGUUGUACUGGCAUCGUGGGAGCCUUCAUCCAAGAUGGGCCAGCAUCAAGGCUUCAGACUGUAUUACAGACGAGCGCACUCACCGAUGUUCACUGGUCCCAUCACUUUCCCUCGCAAUGUCACCCAAUACAACAUCACUCAGCUGGAUUCCUCACUGGUCUAUGAGAUAAAGCUGCUUGCAUACAACCAGCACGGAGAUGGAAACGCCACCAUGCGAUUUGUUUCACUUCGAGAGGCAGUGGAAAAAUCCGUGCUGGACGGCUCGUGUGACUGUGUGAAAGAUGAACAGAGCAAAACAUCCACUACGGGCAUCAUAAUCGGCAUCCACAUCGGAGUCACCUGCAUCGUCUUCUGCGUGCUCUUCCUCGUCUUCAGCUACCGUGGCAGGUUAAUGAUGUGUAAGACGGUUCAGGCCACCCCCCAGGCAGGACACAGCGCGGUGCUGGAAUCCUCUUCCUCUUCCCAGGGGGCCGUUGGGCUCAACGGGGCUGCCAGGAGAGAGAUGGAGGUCAAUGGCAGCGCAGCAGGGAAGAAAGCGGUCGACAGCAACGAGCUGCAGAGACUUUUCACUCAACCCAACUCACAAGAUACAUGCAUGUCCGACUCCUACGUGCUGAACGACACUCAGCUGUCUACGAUACCACUGGACGAGUUCGCGGUGGAGAGAGAGACGCAGUUCCAGGAGCCUCCUGCAGCAGGAGCAGCUCGACAGGACCAAGGCUAAUCAUGUAUGAAGGCCAAGUCACAUGACACACUCCCGUGUCCACUUAGACUCUUCUCUCACUCAGGUUUACAAGCAUUUCUUUUCAAAGUAGUUUUUUUUUUUUUCCCUUUUGUGCAAAGAUUUUUUUUUUUUUAUUAGUAAGUUAAGAAGUUCUGGAGGAUCUAGGACUGUAUAUUAGAGUGUUUUUUGGUCCCGGCUAUUUCUAGUGAGGCAGGCCACUUAAAUGUUUUUCGGUCUUCUGUUAAUUUUCUGGUGUUGGGCAGCACAGAGAAUAGAGGCCCCAGAAUGUCCUUGUUAUACAAUGACUUUAUUUUUAAGUUUAUAAAUAUAUAUAUAUACAUAUAUAUCUUUAUCACCUAUAUGUCAAAGCGGUUAUAAGUUAUUGGUUUUAUCUCUACUUUUCUGUGGAUGUCAAAGACUCCUGCUGCCUGCUCUCAUCUACCAAUGAUUCCACCUUCUCGUUCACAGAAGACUUCAGCCUUCUUCCAGGGAUUCGAUAUAUUCUGUCUCAGGACUUUGUUUCAGUGAUCUCAACAAUUUUUAUGAGUUCUCGACCUUCAUACAGGCACUAGACUUGGCUGUGUGAACCUUACGAUUUAACAAAAACCUACCUCAGCCGGAAUGAAUGUGUCGCGGGAAGCUUUUAGGGACUUUACCUUCCCCUGUGCUCACAAUUACUUUACACGUGGAGGAACUGAUUGGUUUGAAAAUUUACAAGAUCAGGUGCCGCUCUACCUCAGAUGUCAAGAAUCGUCUCUCUUCUCCUGCUUGUCGAAGUAAAACUUAAAAAAUGAGUAUCCAACAUAAAGCACUUCCAAAUGCUGAAAUUAAUGUUCUACCUCAAGAUAACAAUGUUAAUGUUGUCGCUGUUGUUGAUGUUGUUUGUCUGUUUAUUGCAUAAUGAGAAACCCUCUUCCCUCCCCUUUGUGAAGUCCUGGUUUCCCUCUGUCGAUGAAUAUGAUGUUUGUAGAUACUUUGUCAGUACCUCAUGCAAGCUGACAGACUGAUGACAUGUUGUAUGAUUUACAGUAUGUUGGGAAUAUGAAUGAAGUUAUGAUGCUCCAAUGUAAGCUUUUUUCCCCCCUAGAUUUUACUUCUUUUAAAAGAUCAUAUUGUUCUUUUUUCACAUGUAGUUGCUUCAGUUGAAUGAAAAGACUGUUAGAGAUACACUGCAUUGCUGAGGAUAUCUUUAGGAUUGUUUAGUCAUAAUGACAUUAGAUAUUUAACGUUCAACUGGACAAGAAGAAAACCCUAUAAUCUGCGGGCGCCAGAGAUGUAUCUAAAAUUGGCAUGAAUUGUGUGUGCCUGUGUGUUUGUUUGUGUGAUUGAAUAAAUGUUUUCAUGCAUAUAUGACAUAUAUGAUAAAAGAAAAUUAAGCACAAAUGUUAACAAAAUUUCCCAAAACAUUGUUCUACUAUUCUUGAUGUGAUGAAAGGAAUAAUUUGGCAUUAUGGGAAAUGUUCGUUUCUUGCUGGCAUUGAUCUGAAAAGAGCGAUUUGUCUCAACUAUGAACUUAUAGCCGGAGGGUAAUCAGUCCAACUGUACCUAAAACCACAAAUAUAUUAAAUUAAUGCCUGUAAACAGAUUGGACUUCAAGACAUUAUGAAUUAGCUACCCUGCAUUUUCAGUACAACAUUUUGGAAAAGUUUCUUAUUUUGUUCCUGGUGAAAAAUAAGAUGAUUGAUAGUUGUGUCAUAUACGCUACCAUUCAAAAGUUUGGGGUCACUUAGAAAUGUCCUUAAUUUUGAAAGAAUAGCUUUUUUUUUUUAAAUCAAUGAAGAUAACAUUAAAUUAGUCAGAAAUCCAGUCUAGACAUUGUUAAUGUGGUAAAUGACUAUUCUAGCUGGAAACAGCUGAUUAUUAAUGGAAUAUCUCCAUAGAGGUACAGAGGCUCAUUUUCAGCAACCAUCACUCCUGUGUUCUAAUGCUACAUUAUGUUAGCUAAUGGUGUUGAAAGGCUAAUUGAUGAUUAAAAAACACUUAUGCACUUAUGUUAGCACAUGAAUAAAAGUGUGAGUUUUCAUGAAAUACAUGAAAUUGUCUGGGUGACCCCAAAUUUUUGAACGGUAGUGCAUGUAAAUUAAAUAUGAAGCCACAGCCUGGACUAAGUUACCUACUAUAAUAAACUAUGCACACAAGGCAGUUUACACACAUUGGUGAGAAUGUACUGCUGACAAUAGCAACAGAUGUUGGUGGGACAACAAGCUCCAUUCACUAGUAGCAGAUCAUCAGAAAGUGUAAAAAAACUGCAAUUCCUCAAAUGGCCACUUGAGGCUGCAACUAAAAGCAAGUCAAUCCCCAUCGGCUCUCAUGUUAAAAUGCUCAACUUUACAGCUAAAGUAAACAUGUUUACAGCCUGGCACUAAAAACUAUUUUGAUCUCUAUAGCUAAUAUUUCUGUUUAUGAUAGCAGUGUGGGAGGUGAAUUUAUAUGUAACUCACCCGUUUAAAUUAUAUUAAGGCUGAAAGUUUAUACAUCAUUAACCUCACCAUGCCUGUUUUUAUGUAGUCAAUUAUCAAUCCCUGUUGUCUCCAAUGACAGUUUGUAAAACUACCCAGUGUAACUCGUCACAAAAUCAAUCCAUGUCAUCCUUCUUUGGAAAUUUAAAUUGGGAAGUCAAGCUGUUUCGUAAAUUCCUUUGUAAAAGGAAUGCCUAGCUAGCAAACCACCAGUGUAGUAAGUGUAGCAACUCCCACUAAUGUUUAUGAGCUCCAGUUUUAACAUAGUGUAGUUUUUAACAGAUGUAAUGUGUUUAGGAACAAAUCUCUGAAUUCCUUUGACAGUGACUUUAACAAUACUGCUCGAAUUCCAGAAAAUGAAUACAGAUAUUUCCCAAAAUGUUGAAUUCUUCCUUUAACAACACAACAUGAGAGUGGUGCAGAUCUCCAGGGGAAAAAGCAGUAAAACUAUUUCCCAAAAUGUUGAAUUAUUCCAUUUUUAAAAAAAUGACAGCAGUGUAUCUCUAAACUUUCUCUGAAUAUAUGUUGCUGCAGUACUUUUAGUCCUUUUGUUUUACAUCACUGUACCUGAAUCCUUUUUUUAAAUGAAGCAGUAGCCUUUUUACACUCCGGAUGGCCAGUAGAUGUGACGGUUUUUGAUCAUGCUUGUGUACUGUUACUCUUCCCAAAACCACCCCUGCUGCUCAGCCUUCUCCCUCCUGUCAAUGCUGACUAGUUCAAGUGCUUCAGGAACGCCGACUUUCAAUAUCGCUGGAUGCUGACGGCUACAGACGGAGAGCCGGUCGAGGGGGGAUAGACGGUUGUUGGGUGACAACAAUCACAGGGGCUUCUCUCGCCGGCUCUCUGCUCAGUGUCGUCACAUACUGUACAGGAAUCGCUUUGAUGCAUUAUCGUUACCUACCUCAACUGUGUUUUUGGCCUUUCUCUCAGGUCUUAAUGAAGGAAACAUACAGAGUACGAACAAUGAAGGACAGGAAAACACACACACACACACAUACAUAUAUAUAUAUAUAAUAGAGUAUAAAUGCGUAGAUGUUGCAAUUAUCGAAACAUGCUGGACAGACAGACAAAGUAGACGGAAACACAAACAACACUCACAAAAGGAGGGAGAACUUUUUAGGACCUUUAUGUCAUGCACUAACUAUUUAAACUGUUCAGUUUCAUGCUUAAUUUGUAGUGGAUGUGAAUGUAUAACUUUGGUUUUAUCAGAUUUUUUUUCUUCCAUAUUACCAGCUUUUAACUUAAUUUUUCUCACCUGUGUUUUGUUUUGUGUUUUAUGUGGAUUUCUUCCCCCCCCAUGAAUAAAGCAAACUGAGAAAAAAAAUGUGGGUGGCACUUACAACUCCAACACAUACACAAUUGGUUUAUUGACUUUCCUUUGUGACUGAAGCUGACUUAGUACCUCUGCUGUCCUGAGUUCAGAUGGUUUCUAUGAGUUGGCCAAGAGAGGGCUGGAAACAACUGCCUAGUUGUAAUUUCAAAUCAGUGAUGAUGUGAAUUUCUGAGAGCCAUAAUAUUUUCCACGUUGCCAAAAGGAGCGUCAACAAGCUACGGACAGACGCUUUUUCAAAAAAUUUACAGUCCUACGCAAUUUGUUUAAAUCGCUGUUGAGCUGACCUUCAUUCACUCUGUUCAUUUGUCACAUCCCUGCUGUCUUGAGUGACAAGCUAACCUUUACCUUUAUUCAGGCUUUUUCUUUACGUCUGUGGUGCUGAAUCCAGAAUGCUUCCCGGCAUUAUUCCUCAGAUGGUUUUGUGUGAUCUGUUCGGCACACAAGCUGUAGCAAACGUAACAACUGCGUCUUCACUGACAGGUGACAGAGCAUGUGACGAAUCCAAAAGAACAGACAAUUUGAUUACAGUUGAGUCAGAUAAUUGGAAGAUAAUGCACUCUGCUUUUUAAAAUGUGUUCACAACAUCCUCUUGAGAGUUGUAUGUGUCCCCACAGCUGUCAUCUUAAUUUCUUAUGCAAACCAGCAUCAUACACAGUUUCCAUUUCAUAUAUCAUCUAUAAUUUAAUGCCUUUUAAAUUUAUUUGUUAUGUGCAGAUGUUCUCCUUGCAUCUAUUUCUUGUAUUUUACCUUACACUUUUGGUGUUAAUAUCGUGUCGCAAGUGUUGGGGUGGGUGAAAAAAAAUGUAAUUGUUAAAAUAGCAGAACAAAUGCCGCCCUAAAUGUCUCCUCUGUAUAUUUAUUAACCUCUGAACCUCCUGUGAUAUUUUCUCUCUGGGCUUGCAGCAGCCUUUAUCUCUGUUUUUUUUUUUUUUUUUUUAACCUCUGUUGAGAGUAAUUUCACUUGGGAUACGAGUGAUGUGUUUUUUUUUCCUUCCUUCCUUCCUUCCUCUGUCCCUCGGUGUAAUUUAAGGUUAAUCUCCUCCUGCAGGAAAUUGCCCGCCCCCGUGGAUGUGACAGGUUUCGGUGCCACGCUGUUUAACCUGAUUCACCGGGAAGGUGGUGCAGUGACGAUCAUGUUUACGUGAUUAGACUUCGAUAGGUCAGGUUGUCAUAUUGCUGUAAAAUAUUAGAGCUUGUGCGAUUUGUUGGAGUGCUUGAAGCUGUUAUCACUGACUGACUGGUGCUGUAGCUCCAUCAGCAAAGGAGGCCAGAUGUUUCCUUCGCUGACAUGGUUUGUGGAAAAAAGGGCCUUUGUCGUACAUAUUUGACAGUCUUGGGAAGUGCUCCAUCACCAAACACUGCUCCUGUCAGUUAGUCGGCCUCCUUUGUUCCUCGUUCAAGAAUCCUGACCUCUGGUCAAGGAGAGUGUGUGCUCAGGGACUCGCUGAUCCUUGUGUUAUAUGUAUCUGAACAGGCCUCAAAUUUAGCCUUCUGGACUUGAUUCCCCUCCUAGAAUUCUGCUUUGUGCUCAGCUCAGACAGUUAUGCUGUAAGAGAUGCCAUCUUUGUUGGAUAUUUAGGUAAAUAAGACAGAAUGUUGGCAGGAUAAUACGCAUUUAACUGUGUCAUUUGUCCCUUUAGAAAAUAGUUCCUCUGUAUCCUUAGUGCAGCCAAGCUGGAUGAAAAUAACCAUGUAGAGACACAUAUUAACGCUGAGUUACCAUGUCUAUAUAAUAUUGUGACAACAAAAACAUUCACAACAGCACUUCAGAUAUAAAGAUUCUAAAUUGAAAAGUAGCUGCUUUUAUUUGUCUUACAGUACAUCAAAAUGAAGGUUUUGGGGGAUGGACUUUGAGUCGGACAGAAUAAGCAUUUUAAAGUUGUUGGCUUGAGAGAAAAAUGUAGAUUUUUCACAAUUUUCUGACAUUUUAUAGAGCAAUCAUUCAGUUAAUCAAGAACAUAGUAGGAAGAUUCAUCUGUUCUUCAUUCAUACUCCUUCCAGUAUCCUCAGGUUUUACAUAGAAAGUAUCCUGGACUGGUCAUGUGCAGGGUUUGAUUCAUAUUGAAUAUGGUGCCAGGAUAUGGCUCUAACAGAUUACAUAUCUGUCUCUGUAGUUCUGUCUCUUAUUAUGCAUUUACUAAUCACAGGUAGCCAGAUUGAGUCAGAAGGUCACGAUAGGCUUCAUCUGGCUGGAUUAAGGUUGUGUUGCUGUAUUAUGUCUGUGGAUGAUCUCAGUAGUGAGGACGUCUAGGAGACCUGAAGUACUGAGGUUCUGGUUUUUCUAGAGACCCACAGCUGAUGCAACUAGUUCCUUCUUAAAACGUCCUUUACAUUACGCAGUACUGAUAGUUGUGGCACCAAAUGACCAUCUAAUGUGAUUGUGGAUUGAAGACAUUUCCAAUGCAUUUAUCUUCACGGUGUUCUGCUCUGAGACCCCGAUGACUGUAGAUGUCAAAUAAUGCUGAGUUUUGAGAUUUUAUACUCUUGUCAAAUGGUGAUUUAAUGUAACUGUACUUUAAUGUUUGAGAUCAGUAUUAUAUUUUACAUACUUAUGUAAAGAAAGCAGAUUGAAUCCAGUGUAUUUAAAGCUAUUAGGCAGAGAAAUGCCCACAGUAGAUCUGCAUGAGAAACGAAAAGCUGACGUGUUAUUUUAGCUCAACUGAAAAGUGUUAGUUAAUCCUUAUUGGACUUGUGAUGGUAACACUGUGAUAUUUAGCCAAAUAAUGGCAAAAAUAAUGUUGUGAUCUCAGUAUGGUACUAUUGAUGGUCCUGUCUAACAUUGUCAGUCAAUCUGUUUUGAUGGUGUGUAUUGAUGCAAAUAGGUUGAGUGACCUUUUCCAUUGACAAAUCUCCGUCUGCUUCGCCCUCGCUGAUGCCUGAUGAUCACCUCAUCCUCAUCCUGUUGCCACCAGUCAUCCUCACACGAGUGACUCGAGGUGAGGUCCUGUCAGUCGUGUUACCUUUAAAGUGACAAGUCGUCUUCGUUUUCCUUCACAAACCAUCGUUGCUUGAGGAGAAUGUCUGCUUUGUAUCGACGUUGUCAACACGAGCUAAAGCCACUCAGUCAUCCUUUAUCUGAAGUAAGAGCUCCUGGGUAGAAUCCGCUCUGCAGGUGUGAGCGACCCCCCACACCUGUCCUGUAAAUUUAGCAUCAAAGAUGAAAGUCAAUAACAGCCUCCCGGUGAAAACUCCAUUGUUCAAGUCUGCUAACAGAGCCAUACAUUGUUAAAAAAAAAAAAAAAAGGAAAAAACAAGUAUAGAUCGCCACACAGUAACUUCAGUCUCACAGCACUGCUGGCAAAACAGUUUUUAGUCUUAUAGAGGAAUUUCUGUCAAUAUAUUGUUGACAUAUAGAACACGUAGGCGUAAGAAUAUUUGACCUGACCUCGCCCGGUGUUGCUGGUUCGCAAGAAUUUUACCCGUAUGCAUAAAAUUGAACAACUGAUAAGAUUAGUUGUAAUCGUUAGAGUUGCAAACUGAACUUUGCUUUAUUGAUUAUAGGAUUUAAACUUCUCGCAACUUGUCACCACUGAAGGUGGUUAGAAUUGAUUAGAAACAGGAAACUCAUCCAGUGCUGAAGUUAAGUCUUCACUCCUGGGAUUUAAGCCCCUGAAGAGUAUUUCUCUUUAACAUUAAAUCUUGAGGAUUAAAUAAGAAACAGUCAAAAAUAAAGUGUAGAGCAAAUUUCUCUGGUUGUUAAGACGUUACCAGUCAAAAACUCAUUUAAUCUGCUUUAUCAAGAUAGCUUCAUCAAAUAAUCUAGCAACCCUUACUACAUUUGGAUGUACUUCAGGUUUUGCAAAAUCCAGAAUGUUGUCUUUGUUACAUGUUGAUAUAUUAACAAUAUAUUUAAAAACAUUAUAGAAACUGGCUGUAACAACUGGUGAUGGGCAGCAGUAAUCCUGAUAUUCACAGGAGCAGUUGGCUCCUGAUGCAGCUGUCGAAAAUUCAAGAUUAGCAUCAAAUUAGAUAGAAAAUAAAUAUCUUAAUGCUGUUUAUGUUCUACUUACUGUUGGUUUCCAUAGAACAAUCCGUUUAUUUACUCUUGUAGUGAGUAAAUUGGUGUCUUCUUGUGUCGAAAUUUCAGCAGACCACAAAAAGGUUCAAUAGAAAGGCAAAGCUGUCUGCCAGUUUGUUCUUGCUUCAACUGAGUUGAUUAUACUGGUACUACAGGUCAUAAAAAAUGAGGAUAAUUUAUCUUUUAUCUAUGCAGUUUUAUUUUUUCUAAGUCUUGCAGGGUUCAAAUGUGGUGUCAACCUGAAGCCAAAAACCAUACAGGGAGCACAAAUCUUUAUUUUUAGCCCAUGAUCAUGCAUAAUCGCACUUGUCUGUCUCUAUCUGUCUGCCUGUCUGUCUGUUUUCCUGUCUGUCGGUCUUGUCGUUCUUUGUCCGUCUGCUGAGGUCACUGCCGAUAUCUGCUUUCCUCCCACAGUUUAAUUCAGGUUAACACGAGAUGAUUUAAUAAGUGUUCUCGGAGCAUCGUCAGGGAUCACUAAUGUUUGUUUUCACAAAGUUGUUCCUACACUCUCUCCAGACCAAGGUGUCGCAAGUAUAAAUUAUAAAUCUGUACACAUAUCCACAUAUACUGUAUGUACUGUAUGUACUGUAUGUAUAUGUGUAAAAAGGCAAAAUAGACCAUUUUUAGUGGUUUGUAUUGUUUUAGGGUUCAUUGUGCAACACUGAUUGAAGAAAAAAAACAAUAACAGUGAUAAUAAACUAGCUCUAGUAAGAAUA